UCUCUCUAGAUUUUUCCUCUCCGAACCUUAUAUACACCCUCGCUCUCUCUCUCUCUCUCUCCUCCCCCCAUGACCAUCUCCAUCUCCGCCCGCCCGCCCUGCUGCUGCUCACCAAGAUUGCCCAUUCGCCACUGCACCCGCCGACAGUGGAACCAAGAUCAAGAACCGCAUAGCCCCCCCCUGCAGCGAGAGACGAAAGGGAAAGCCGAAGGAAACGCCGCCCGAUGGAGAGCGUGAUUGUGAUCAAAGAGGAGGAUCAAGAUCAAGAACGUGAGGAUGUGAUCGUGUGCUCAACUGGGUCGCCGUCGCCGUCGCCGUCGAACGCGGGCGCUCCGAGACCGAUGGAGGGGCUCCACGAGGUGGGGCCGCCGCCGUUCCUGGUGAAGACGUUCGAGAUGGUGGAGGACCCGGCGACGGACGCCGUGGUGUCGUGGAGCGGGGCGAAGAACAGCUUCAUCGUGUGGGACUCCCACCGGUUCGCCUCCACCCUGCUGCCCAAGCACUUCAAGCACAGUAACUUCUCCAGCUUCAUCCGGCAGCUCAACACUUACGGAUUUAGGAAGGUGGAUCCAGACAGAUGGGAAUUCGCGAAUGAAGGUUUCUUGGGAGGCCAGAAGCAUCUGCUCAAGACCAUCAAGAGGAGGAGGAACGUCUUGCAGAAUCAGCAGCAGCAUGGAGAAGCGGCCUGCGUCGAAUUGGGGCAGUUUGGAUUGGAAGGCGAGCUCGAGAGGUUGAGAUGGGACCGCAACUUGUUGAUGUCUGAAAUCGUGAAACUGAAGCAGCAGCAACAGCACUCAAGGGACCUGAUUGCAGCAAUGGAAGAUAGGUUGCAGAGAACAGAGAAGAAGCAGCAGCAGAUGCUGACUUUCCUCGCCAAAGCGCUCAAUAACCCUUCUUUCAUUCAGAACUUGGCACAAAGAAAGGAAUUGCAGAGUCUUGGCAUUGGAAGGAAGCGGAGACUGACCGCUAGCCCGAGCGUGGAGAAUUUGCAAGCAAACGAUGAUCUAGAAGAGUUGGUGCCGAUUGAAUCCGAUAUAGAGACACUUCUCUAUGGUGCCUUGGAGAACGAAUCAAGGAUCGACAUCGAAGACCCAAUUGAUGGCUCGAUGCCAGGGACCACUAGCGAUGAGUUGGAUAUCGUGAAUGAGACAAUUUGGGAGGAACUAUUGAACGAGGACAUGAUUCCCGGCAAUCCGGAGGAAGAGUUACCACUCGACGAUGAAUCGGAGAAUGAGGUGGACGUGGAGGAUUUGGUCGAGAAUCCUCCGGAUUGGAGAGAGGACUUCAAAGAGCUGGUGGACCAAAUGGGUUAUCUCAGAUCAAAACCAGGAUAGAUGUUACUGUAUUUGGUCUUCUCUGCAACACCAUUCCUUACUAUAUGAAGAUUUGUGGUAGGUCAAAUAAACCCAUGUCCCUUGGAGUGUGUAAUGAAAUAUGUACGUGUGCUAGUCUGGCUUGUUAUCUGAUAGGAGUGUGUUGAGCAGGAGGAAUGGUUGAAGUUGCGAUGGGGCCAAAUCAGAUGUUGCUUGCUUGCUUGCUGGUUUCUCUGUAUCCUUGAUGUUGUGAUUUGUCUAGUAUUCUGAUGUUAAUCUUACUUGCUUUAGGUCUUUGCUGGUUUUGAUUUUCUUGUUCUUUAAUUCAUUUUUUGCAGGUAAAUUCGGUUAAGGACUUGUUGAAGCCUCCAAAUUGCAUGCCCAAUUCAUGGUUCCUCCAGAUCUUUCUUUUCACACAUCAGAUUCUCAUUCAAUUCCAAUCUAAGAUGUACAGAUUUUGUUUGUUCAUGUAAAUUUUGGUUGAUUGAACCAGCUCAUGUUAAAAAUUUGGGUGUUUCUAUUUUAUUUUUUAAAAUAAUUUGAAUUUUUGGCC